GAAAUUUUGACAAAAAGUGUUUUUUUUUAAAAUGAGCGAAAAUGUCCAAGGAACAUUUAUAUCUCAAAAGAUUUCAAAGAUAAGAUGGAAACGCGAAGAUUUUGCAGAAAUAAAAAACUUUUUAACCGGCAGUUGGGACGAUCCGGUAAAUAAAAUUACAUAUUGGUCUCUUACAACAAACGAAGAUGAAGAAACAUAUCCAACUAUUGCUUCUGAGUAUUCAUUUCUUGGUGAUGUUACAGAAAUAAAGUUUAUAAACAGUAACUUUUUUGUGGCAUCGUCAUCUUUAGGCUCUGUUAAACUAUUACAAAUCCAUGAAAAUCCAUUUCCUCAAUUUAAAGAACAUAUGGCAUGGGAAUUUAUACAUAAUUUUAAAACAUUAGAUUAUGCUCCAUGUACUGCUCUUUCUAAUUUCGAGCAAGAUAUAGUUUCGGUGGGUGAAGAUGGUCGAAUCAAUCUUCUGACAACUACACAACAGAAACCAGUUAGAACAAUUGAGAAUGCAGAUAGCUGUUCUAUUUAUUGUGUUGAUUUCCUAAGACAUAGUGAAAUACUGACAGGCAAUUUACGAGGACACAUGAAAGUUUGGGAUUUAAGAAAUGAUCAUGAUACUCCUGCAACUACUUUUAUGCUUUCAGAACAGAUCAAAACUGAAGCAAUGAGUAUCGCACAUCAUCCUACACAGAGGCACAUAAUAGUUGCAGGUGGAGGUGAUGGUAGUUUGACUGUAUGGGAUUUAAGACAUCAUACUUAUCCCAUAUCACAGCUUAAUGCUCAUGCAAAAGCAGUUAGUGAAAUUAUGUUUCAUCCAGACAGACCAGAAAAUUUAUUUACAUGUUCAACCAGUGGUGAAUUGUGGCAUUGGAACAAUACACAGAAUUCAAAAUUAAGAUUAGAUUCAACAGACACUCAUUGGUUGAAUACAAUAGGAACAAAUGGUAAUAUUAACGUUACAUCGCUCUGUUGUGAUAUGCAUAAACCAAUAAAUAGUAUUGACAUUGAUAAAACAACUUUACUAUUUGGAUGUGAUAAUGAAGCUAUGUAUAUUAUUAAAAAUGUAGCUAUAUAACAAUUUCAUAGAAUAAACAUUCCUUUCCAUA